AUGAGAAACACGAUUGAUUCAAAUCGUGUGAAAUCCUUUGCAUCUGUGGUUUCAAACAAUGUAUGUGACAUACCUUUGAGCCAGUUGCCUACACCCUGCCUUAAAGGAGACAGAUUAGAAAUCACCAUUCCUGAAGAUGAGUAUAAGCUUAGAGUGGAGGCUUGUAAGCACAACCUUCAUGGAAGAGUCAUCUGGUCAAAAGGGGCGGUUCCUUUAACAGUCACAAACUUAAGAACCAAACUUUUGGAGCUCUGGCCAUCAAUUGGAAAAUGGGGCAUAACUGCUCUUGGAAAAGGAUUUUAUGAGUUUGUCUUCUCUUUGCUGGAAGAUGUUCAGCGUGUCAGAUUUGUGAGUGCCUGGUCCAUACCACAGGGAGUCUUGAAGCUAUUUCCAUGGACCAAGGAUUUCAUACCUUCGACCAUGAAACAAACCUCUGCACAGGUCUGGAUAAGAAUACAUGACCUUUCUCAGGAAUAUUGGCGACCAAGAAUAGUAUUUGCAAUUGCAAGUAGUAUUGGAACGCCUAUUUGCAUAGAUUUUGCUUCAAACAAGUCGGCCUUUGAAAGACCUUUUGGACAUUUUGUCAGGGUAUUAGUAGAUUUAGGUCUAACAAAGGAAUUCGUUUACAAACUCUUGGUUGAAAGGGUUGGAUUUGCUUUCUUUGUGGACAUAGAGUAUGAAAAAGUCCCUGAAUUUUGCUCUUACUUCUCAUGCAUUGGACACAAUAUUUCUUCUUGCAAAAGGAAGGAGACAGUUCUGAAGGGAGCUGAUGGUGAUAGGAAGAAUAAGAAAGGUGUAGACUCAAAAGGAAAAAAGGUCAUUGAAGUGGUGAAUACUGAAACUCCAGGUGAAGGGACUGAUGAAGAUCCUUAA